GCUUGCUGAAUGUUGUCUUUUGAAGCAGCAUUUUUAAUUGACGCCUGGAUUGGGUUCUAUAUAAGCGCAUCUACGAACAUUGAGCGUAACAUUUGAGUUCUGAUCAUGCGAGCGUUUGCAGUGUUUAGUUGUUUAGCAGUUUCUUUGGUCUUGUGCCACGCCUACGGAGUAUCGCACGGCGGAGGCGCAUCAGGCGGAUUAGGUUUAGGCCUUGGGCUCGAUAUUGGUGGUAAAGGAGGCCUCUUAGGUCUUGGAUUGGGCGGCAGUGGAAGUCUCAGUUCGGCAUCUUCUAAUGCGGCGAGCAGUGCCGGUGGAGGUUAUGGUGGCAGCGGUUCUGGUGGCGCAAGCGCUGGUGGUUCUGCUUCGAGUGGCCUUGGAUUGGGUCUAGGGCUUGGCGCUGGACUAGGUGGUGCUGGAGGCCACGGUUCUGCUGGUGGCUCCGGCGGUGGCUUUGAUGGAGGUUUUGGUGGUGGCGCAGGCGGCGCUUCCGGAGGACACAGUUCGGCUGGUAGUUCAGCAAAUGCUGGCGCUGGAGGUUUCGGAGGUGGCCUUGGUGGUGGUGCUGGCGGUGCAGGUGGUUAUGGUGGCGGUAAAGGUGGUUCCGGAGGACAUGGUUCAGCUGGUGGCUCCGCUGGUGGUUCAGCCGGUGCUGGCGCCGGUGGUGGAUUUGAUGGAGGCUUCGGAGGUGGACUUGGUGGUGGAGCAGGAGGCGCUGGCGGUUAUGGCGGCGGUAAAGGUGGUUCCGGAGGACAUGGUUCAGCUGGUGGCUCCGCUGGUGGUUCAGCCGGUGCUGGAGCCGGUGGUGGAUUUGAUGGAGGCUUCGGAGGUGGACUAGGUGGUGGUGCUGGUGGUGCAGGCAGUGCUGGCGGUCAUGGCGGCGCCGGAGGACAUGGAUCAGCUUCGGCCGGUAGUUCAGCAAACGCUGGUGCAGGAGGUCUAGGAGGUGGAUUUGAUGGAGGACUUGGUGGUGGAGCUGGCGGUGCAGGCGGUUAUGGCGGCGGUAAGGGCAGCGCUGGAGGUCAUGGUUCAGCUGGUGGUUCAGCCGGUGCUGGCGCCGGUGGUGGAUUUGAUGGUGGCUUCGGAAGUGGACUUGGUGGUGGCGCUGGCGGUGCAGACGGUGCAGGCGGUUAUGGCGGCGGUAAGGGCAGCGCCGGAGGUCACGGUUCAGCUGGUGGUUCAGCCGGAGCUGGCGCCGGAGGUGGAUUUGAUGGAGGCUUCGGAGGUGGACUUGGUGGUGGAUCUGGCGGUGCAGGAAGUGGGGGCGGUUAUGGUGGCGGAAAGGGCAGCGCCGGAGGUCACGGUUCAGCUGGUGGUUCAGCCGGAGCUGGCGCCGGUGGUGGAUUUGAUGGAGGCUUCGGAGGUGGACUUGGAGGUGGAGCUGGCGGUGCAGGCGGUUAUGGCGGCGGUAAAGGUGGCGCCGGCGGUCAUGGAUCAGCUGGUGGUUCCGCUGGUGGUUCAGCCGGAGCUGGCGCCGGUGGUGGAUUUGAUGGAGGCUUCGGAGGUGGACUAGGUGGUGGCGCUGGCGGUGCAGGUGGUUAUGGUGGCGGUAAAGGCGGCGCUGGAGGAUUUGGAUCAGCUGGCGGUUCAGCAGGCGCAGGUGGCUUCGAUGGCGGUUUUGGUGGUGGUGCUGGCGGCCACGGUAGUGGUCACGGUCACGGGCACGGAAAACACGGACAACAUGGUCAUGGCGCCGGCGGUGCUGGUCACGGACUUGGGCUUGGUCUUGGCCUAGGUGGUGGCUUGGGAGGAGCUGGUGGAUUCGGUGGUGCUGGUAGUUCUGGAGGCGCUGGAGGUUUUGGUGGGGCCGGCGGUUAUGGUGCUGGUGGUCAUGGCGGAGCAGGUGGUGCUGGAGGUUAUGGCGGUAGUGGAGGCAGAGGAGGCUAUGGUGGAAGCAGUUCAACUAGUUCAGCUCAUUCCUCAUCAUCAGCCUCAGGGUCAGCUUCAGGGUUAGCUUCAUCGUCGGCAACAGCAUCAGCAUCAGCAUCGGCAGGCGGUUUCAGAACAGGAUAUGGCCGAUAAGCAGAACAAAGAGUGCAUAUUUACUCGCAUAUAAGUACCACAUAAGUUCUUUACAUAAACAGAGAUUUUUUUGUGUUCUAUUCUAAGUAGAAAUAACAUUAUAAAUUUGCAUUGUGAUUGAAAUAUAAACGAAACAGAUAAAAUCAAAUUGAAUAAAGUAAUGUUUAACGAAUUUUA